UGGCUCGCUGCGUUCCAGUAAUCCUGUCUGGAUUCAUUGGGAAUGGUCGGACUCUAGGACAGGGGCAGGACUUUCUGAGAACCUGGAUUAUAUAUACAUAUAUAUAUACACAUAUAGACUUAUUUAACCGAAACAAGACUGAAGAGGAUUUCUUGCUUCAUCAGAGUCUUUUCCCACAGGGCACCCACUAUCUGCGUCUUGCCUCUCAGGAUGUCAAGUAUGGUGCUGCUGUAGUGUAGAGGACAACCAUCUUAGGAUCUACAGACAGGGAAUCGACCGGUUGGUCACCAUGCCUCACCUAAGUAUCAGCCCCAGCUGCAGCUCCAUCUGGCUCAUCUGUCUUCUCCUGACUAUACACGCUCAUGCCAAAGAUGCCCUUACUGUACCCCAGGUGAGGCUGUCAGCCGACUGGGAUACACAGCAACUAACCAUAUCCUGGCAGGGAGGAGCAGCCACAACUUUUGACCUCAUGAUCCUAAGAACCGAACUCAAUGAAACUGUCUUCUACGAGACGGUGAAUGUGCCAUUGAAUCAGGCAAGUGGGCAGCACCAGUGGACUUGGACCUCAGUUGAACCUCUGGAGUGUACCUCACUGUCAAUCAAAAUCCGCUCAAGAGAUGGGCAAACAACAAGUGAAUGGAGCAACACUCAGAUACUUCAAGGGAACGAUCUUCCCAGCAAAGAGAAAUUCCAGUUUUACCCCCAGGACAGAAUUGUACCUGUGGGGACCAACACCACCUUCUGUUGCAUUGUGGAAGAGGGGAAGGUCUUUGGGAGCAUCCUUUUAGGCCACACGGUCAUAAACACAAGACGACUGAGUAGGCGAAGCUAUGCUGCUACAAUAGUUAAUCAGGGACCAUCCAGCAGAACAGGAACCAACGUCAUCUGUUACGACGACCCGAAGACAAAACUGACUGGAGCAGUGGUGUUUGUUGGAUAUCCACCACUGCCUACUGAUUUUGUGUGUGAGACUCAGGAUUUAACCUCAGCCGUGUGCCAGUGGAAUGAAGGACGAGACUCACACUUGUAUGGCAAACGACAAACAUACUACUCAGUAAACAAGAGUCCGCAACAGAAACGGAGAGAGAUUUCUUUUAACCGGUGGGAUGGUAACUGGACACUGGUGGCUGUGAACCAUCUCGGCCAGUACACCCUCACUGACUUCGCGGAAUUAGGUCACAGAGUGCACCCAGUAGCACCAGCUAACCUGACCUCAGUUAACCGUGCCUGGAAUGCCACUGUGGCAUGGCAGUGGAAGUUUGACAGCUAUUCUUCCCUGGCUCUUGACUGCCAGGUGGAGCUCACCUCUAAUGGGCAAAAAACAAAGCGUACCUUCUCUGGUGUGGGUCUGCGGUCUGUGGUUCUAUCGGACCUGCAUCCUGAUGAGGAUUACAGUGUACAAGUCCGCUGCGGUGCCCAGGAGAAUUUCUGGAAGUGGGGAAACUGGAGCAAACCAUUUUCCUUCAAAACUAGCACUACUGUUCCUGAUGCUCCUGAUGUGUGGGUGUGGAUGAAUAGAGACAAUACUGGCCAGGUCCUUUGGAAGCUUCUGACUCACAGACAGAACCACGGUCAGAUCACAGCGUAUGAAGUUACUUUCUGGAGCCCCGGCGAAACUCUACAGCACACAGAUGUCUUUUCGCCGGAUACUUCUGUUGCUCCAAUAAACCUCACAAAGAUUGCUGCCUUCGAGAGUGGCAAGGUCAUUGCAACCGUCAUUGCAAAGAACAAUGCUGGGGCGUCUCAACCUGCAAAUAUACCUCUGCGCUUGACAGAUGUGGAACCCUUAACUGCAUCCAGGGCAGUUUAUGUGGAUGGAGGUUUCCCUCUGUUUUGGCAGAGUGAUGUCAACGCCACCUGUGGUUAUGUGGUGGAAUGGCAUGAUGCCUCUUGCAUGUCGGACUGCCCCGUGGAGUGGAUCAAGGUGGCAGCUGGAAACACUAAUGUCUCUGUUGAGUCAGCCAACUUCCAGCCGGGCGUGAGGUACACCUUUUCUCUGUACAGCUGCUCCAUGGAGCCCCCAGAGCUGCUGCAGCGCUGGCAGGGAUACAUGCAGGAACUGAUCCCUUCCAGUCUUGCCCUUCUACCAACCCGUCAACAGGGCUCUAAUAUUCUCCUCACCUGGGGAGAAAUCCCGCUGGUCAACAGAAGAGGCUUUAUCUUGGGCUUCAAUGUUUACAUGAGCAAUGGCUCGCAGUUCACACUUCUGGCCAACCUAUCAGACCGAGGAGCCAGGAACUACACAGUAAAAGGUUUACCUGAGGGCUCCUAUAAAUUUACUGUCAAGGCCUACACCGUAGCAGGCGAGGGCACAGGCGCCCCUGCCUCCAUAACGCUGGAGCCAUACACUGAUUGGCUGAUCCUGGAAAUCUUGACAUCUCUGGGAAUCACGGCCUUAUUCCUGGUCAUUGUCACCUUCAUUUGCUACAAGAAAAGGAAAUGGGUGAAAAAGGCGUUCUAUCCAGACAUACCUGAGCCCAAGCUGCCUGGUGAUUGGUCCAGAACACAGGGGCCAUUGGAUGUGAAGCCAUCUUCUCACAGUGUGGUCCAUAUUGUAGAAAGGCCUGAGUUGGAUUCUAGUAAAGAAAUGCUUGUUGUCAUACCUGAAGAAGACGAAGACGAAGAAGGGCAGGGGAUAGGAGACGAGCCAGUUGACACAGAUGAGCCAGCGUCAUUACGUUACUACAACCAAGUCGUAGAUGAGCGGCCCAUAAGACCACGUUUCCCAGACUCAUCUGCUUCUUCUGCAUCUUCUUUGGAUUCAGCACGCACCGAUGUGACGUACACAGGGAUUCAGACCUCAGGGUCUUCUUUGGUCUGGCUGGAUUCACAGGGCUCCUCUGAGGAUCAACAACCUCAGGCUGAGCUGUCCGUUAACUGUGGAGGUGGAGGAGGGGGUUACCGGCCCCAGAUGCAACCUAGAGCACCAAGUGAAGACAUGGGUCUAGCUUCACCUGAGCCUUUCUUAGAGCCCCAGGCUGCCAUUGCUGGGGGCUACAAACCCCAGAGCUCCUGGCAUUUUGACUCCCCAGUGGAGGCUGGGGAAAGUGCUGGCCGGGCACCCUCUCUUGGAUCCCCGACCUCUGUUGCUUCCACCGAGUUCCUCCUUCCAGGAGGAGAGGAACAUGCAGAGGAGAAACAGCAGCUGUCAUCGUCGGCAGCAACCUGGUUCACUAACCUGUUGUCAUCAACAAAACCGUGAUAUCAUCUCUCUCACUAUAGGCAGCCAGGCCAGGGGGGUUAACAUAAAACUUUCAGAUUCAUUGCUGUUACCAGUGUCAUGCUUAAAAGAUUUCUUCAUACCUCUUAAUUUCCACCAUAUUUUUUGCACCCCCUGGCAACCUGGUGGCUGUUAUGUCCUCUCAUUGCCUUUUCUGUGACUCCCUGUAAUGGGCAUUUGGCAGUGGCAUAUCCUGUGUUUCAGUUGAGUGUAUCCAGUUUUUAACUUGCAUUUGGGAUGGUUUUAUUUUUUGUGAUGUGAACUUUACUACACUACAGAAGAAAACAGAAAGCAAGAAUGACUGCUCAUGAAAAAAUAAUGGACAUUUUUGGAGAAACACUACACAAUAACAGCUUCAACAGAAAGUAGCUACGUAGACUUACUGCCCAUGUCUUCUGCUGAUGAGCUACUGAAUGGGAAUGGGGGAAAAAAGCGUUUGGCUGUAAAAAUCAAUACAAACGUAGCUUCCAACUUUACAGACGUGAUCUAUUUUUUUUUUUUAAAUGACUGAACAUUGAGAUGUUAAUUGAAAGAUGAGAAUGAGAACAGUCAUUUUACACAGUUACAGGAGUGGUGCUUUCUUUUAUGGUCUGGAAUUGUGUCAUUGAUGAGCCCAGUGGAUAUACACUGAUAUAAGCUAGAACAUACAUUUUUGUCUUAUUUUAUGUUAUGAAAUGCAUUUCACAGUCAGGCCAGUGUCCUUUUUUAAUCUUAUUCUGCAUUGUGCUCAACCGGAUGAUAUUGAUACUCUGGUACUGGUAUUGAACAAAAUUAUGAGAAUCAACUUGAGAGGGUAAUUACAAGUUAAAUUGCCUUGAUAAAUGUAAUGCUUCCAGUAAUUUGCACCAUGUCACCUUUCACACAUCGCCUUUCUUCUAAAUGUUACGUAUAAAGAGAAGAAACCUUACACUAAUACAGUAGGGAAUUGAACAGAUAUGUAUUGUACAGACAUAAAUCAAAUUUAUAAUAUUGGGCUACAUCAAAAUUGCCAUAGUGUUACUCUCAGCCCUGUCAGCAUAUAUUGUGUGGAAAUGAAGAAUUAGUUUUCUUUGUUUGCUUUAUUUUCAGACCCAAAGGGAAGGCUGAUUUGAGAAGUUCUUUUUUAGGGCGAUAUAAGUCUACAGUACAUUUAAGGUUGUUUUUUUUCAUUGCAAAUG